UUCUAGAGAGCCAAAGGCCGGAGAAGCGGAAGGGUUUGGUCCUUGUGUGAAGGAAGGAGGCCCCGCUGGGGGGCGAGGCUGAGGCGAUGGAUGUCACCCAGCCCAAACAGGAGCACCUCCUGGCCUUGAAAGGUCCUGUUUUCUUCUGAUCUAACCAGCACACAGCAUAAGAUUCCUUUAAGUGAUAACGUCGUAUUAGUGGUCAAGCUCCAAGAACCAUUUACAGUUGGAACAUGUGAAUUCUUACUACACAAGCAUGGAUGUGGUUAUGCACUAUCGGACAUGGCAAAAGGAUUCUGCACUACUGCAAAAAAUUGCAGAAGAGGCACUGAAAGAAUUUCCUCUUCGGCAGCUGCCAAGAUUCAUACCCUGGUUUCCGCAUGAUCUGUGCAAACUCCCUCUCAAGCCUAAAAGAGAACCCCCAGCUAUCUCCAUUGAAGAGGCAGAACAACUGAAACAACAACUGAAACAACAACAUGCAACCCUAGAAACUCCCUGUGGCUCCCCAUGUUAUGAUUGUACAGAAGGGCUUAAGGAGUUUCACCCUGGUAUAAAAGCUGGACAGUGUUUACAAGCUGAACAUGGAAAAAUUGAAUUGAGCAGUUUGGGAACGCAAUUGACAACUGGCAAACAGAACUUCAGGAGAUCUUGGAGUGCGUCUGCUACAAACUCUAAUCUUAAAGACCAGAUUCUUCCUUUAUCUAGAGAGCUGCAAAACACUCUAGAAAAAUUAAAGCUUCAUGUAUUCUACAGAGCACAGUGGAUAAUUGAACCAUCCAUUUUAAGUAACCAGACACUGGAAGACAUUUGGACAAAGCUUAACAGGAUGAUCAAACACAAUGAACUGCCAUCUUGUAAUUCUACAUUCCGGAGAUCUAAGGGGCAGAUUUUGAUUUUCUGUGACAUACUCUAUUGUGAAUACAUUGCCAGUAACCUUAGAGAAAAAUUAAAUCUUAGAGGAAAAAUGAAUUUGUUUGUUCACAAUUAUGGAAUCAUACAUAGCUUGUAAAUACGCACAACAAUAUGUUUUCUGUGAAAUACUGUUUUAAGUACACAUUUAUGAAAAGCUAGUUCUUAAAAUAAUUAACAAACUACACUUAAUUAAUUAGCUGUAAACAUUUCUCAUUCUGUGUUACCAGUGGCUAAUUCUGAACUGCAGAGCUGCAUCUGAACUGCAGAAAUAAUCUAGUUUGACACCACUUUAAUUGCUAUGGCUCAGUGCUGUGGAAUUCUGUAAACUCUAGCUUGUGGCAGCAGAGCUCUCUGACAGAGAAGGCUAAAUGUCCCACAAAAUUACAAUUCCCAGAAUUCCAUUGCACUGAGCCAUAGCAGUUAAAGUUGUAUCAAACUGGAUUAUGCCUGCAGUGCAGAUGUAACCAAUGUUAUUUUAUUGCCAUUAGGAAUACCUCUUGGAACAUUCUUUGUUCACAUGAAGAGAAUUGUCAGUUAUCUGGCAGUUCCUAUGAGCUAGGCUUAAUGAGAAGACUUUUUAAAAUGUAUGAAUUCAGUGAAAAUUUGAGGCAUUCUCUCAAUUAAAUGUAUCUCUACAAGACAGAUUUGUGCUUUAUUGGCUGCUUAAGAAAAUGUUCUUUAUAAGAAUAAUACUAUAAUAUAAUAAAAUAUUUCUGGGUUAGCUGGUUGGCCUUACAUCAAAAUAUAACAAUAUCC